UUGCUGACUCUGGUUGAUCCUGAACACCACCAGGAGCUUGUUCCCACUGGUUCAGAUCUGAUCUUUGAGCCACAGACUCUGGGUCCUGGCAUGUCGCUGUCCAAAGACAACAGGAAGGUUUUCCACAAUAGCUGGCUGGGACAGUGCUGUGCAACUCUUCUAAUCUGUAGUACCAAGACAGCCAGCAGCUUUCAGAGGUGGGUGGUCAGUCUGUCCGAAGAGUCUGAUUGGACGAUUGGUUUAUGUGAUAUAAAGUGUGCAAAGAACUUGAAGGAUGGAGCUGUGUAUGGACUGUGCUGGGAAGAUAAGCAGCUCAGCAGCAUCAUAACAAAGAGAAAUAAAGGUUCUCAAUCAUCCACUUCACAAGGUUUAAAUACUGGUACAGUCAAAACUGGGACCCAACUCGUGACAACCUCUGCAUCAAUCACAUAUCAGGGGGAAAACGGAGAAGAGCCUUUACCACGACCUGAAAAGGUGGAGGUGUUGUGGAACUUUACCUCCUCCACGCUGUCCUUCUUCAGGAGAACCGGACAGCACCAGAGAGAAGAAAUAAUCACAAUGAAGCUCAAAGCAAGCGUCAGUAACCGAGACCUGGCCCCAUUUGUCCAACUGGGAAAGCAAAAUAUCCACAGCACGACUCAGCAGCAGCAGUGGAAGUGUUCAUGUGGGAAAGGAUACUACUGGGAUGGUAAUGGGUACCGGGACAAUAGGUCUAGCUCCUAUUACCAGGGUUGUUGUUCCUGUGGAAAAGUUCUCGGUCCACACAUCACAGAGAUGGUUUGUGAACUUUACUGAGUGGUGGGAUUGUGGUUUUUGUUUUUCUGUCACUGAAUGAGUAUAAACUUAACUGAUUGGUUUUAAGUUGUUGUUAAAUGCAUUUAUUGUGAUGCAUUGUGAGGGUUUUCAUUUAUUGCUGUGAUUAUAUUCUGCGAUUUCAAUCUUAUGUAGCUAUUUUAAAGUGUUUUGUCUCCAGCUGCUGGUACUUCCAACACCAGCAGAUACCACCAGCUACUGCUUCACAGCUGGGGUAGUCGACAUGUUUUUGUAUCAAAGUAAUCUUUCGGCAUACUUCAAAUAGAUUCCCGAACAUCCUCUCGGGCCUGUUUACAGACUU